AUGACUACAGUGUCCAUGGAGCCUGUGGGAGUCCUCGUGGAGGGCGCCAACGCCACCGACACUCCUCUGAGCACACAUGAGGACACAGCCGCCACCUUUACCAUCGGCACCAUCCUCUCCAUCAUGUGCCUCGUUGGAGUCUUGGGCAACAUCUACACCCUGGUGGUCAUGUGCCACUCCAUGAGGACUGCAGCCUCCAUGUAUAUCUACAUCAUAAACUUAGCUUUGGCAGAUCUGAUUUAUCUUCUCACCAUACCCUUUGUGGUCUGCACACACUUCCUGAAGGGGUGGUACUUCGGGGACGCAGGGUGCCGGAUUCUGAUCAGCAUCGACUUCCUGACCAUGCACGCCAGUAUCUUCACGCUGACAAUCAUGAGCACAGAGCGCUACUUUGCUGUGCUCAAGCCACUCGACACAGUCAAGCGGUCCAAAAGUUACCGGAAGGCCAUCGCUCUGCUGGUCUGGGCCGCAUCUCUCAUCCUCACCCUGCCAAUGAUCGUGAGCAUUCAGCUAAUGACAAAGGACAACAAGGCUAUGUGUCUGCCCACGUUGUCGCCACUCUCCUACAAGGUUUACAUCUCCUUCCUGUUUUGCACCAGCAUUGUGGCUCCUGGACUGAUCAUUGGCUAUCUCUACAUCCAGCUUGCACGCACCUAUUGGGUCUCACAGACGGAGACAUUCAAACAGACGAAGAAACUUCCCAAUCAAAAGGUGCUGUACCUGAUCUUCACCAUCGUGCUCCUCUUCUGGGCAUGUUUCCUGCCCUUCUGGAUCUGGCAGCUGCUGUGUCAGUUCCACCCCUCACUGCCCCUGUCAACCAAAGCCAAACGCAACAUCAACUACUUGACCGCGUGUCUGACCUAUUCCAAUAGCUGCAUCAACCCCUUUCUGUACACGCUGCUCACUAAGAACUACAAGGAGUACCUGAGGAAGCACAAGCGGUCCUGGACAGCUGGCAGCUACUUCAACCGGAGGAGUCGCUUUCAGCGUUCGCCACGCAGGUCGCCAUCUUCCAGCAGUCAGCAGUGUACUGAGAGCUUCAUGCUCACACACACAGCCUCCCUGCGAGCACAUAACAGCAGCUUGUAAGAUAUGGCUGAGCUGUGCUGGAAGAGGAAGAAAGGACAGGAAGAUACUGCUGGAGACACAAACCUAAGCAGAAC